CACGUCUUGUUUCAGCAUUUCUUAAUUGUAUUUAAUUGUGCGCGGAUUGAAACAUCUGACUGAGAAAGUAAUUUUGCACUAGAGAGGAGGGAAAUCAAGCUCAAGAAGGAACGAUAUAAUUAUAUUGGAUAUGUGGCGGAACAUUUGCAGGCUACUGUCCUCAAAAACAGGGGAAAUGGUGAAAGACAUCCGUGAUCCUGCCAUUGUAGAGAUGUAUAAAAUAAAAGAACUGUGUGCUGCGAAAGGGGUAGACGAGGAAAUUCAAAAGCGACUUGGUAGUGCUAUAACUCUUGCAGAGGCACGUGAUGCAUAUUGUGAAAGUGUCAGUUCUGGACCAAGUGAUGCACUUGCUACCCUACAUAAAGGCACGCUUAGUUACCCCUUCGAUCAAGCUUUUGAGGAUGGGAAAACAAAAUGGCCAUUGAGUCCUGUAAUGCUAUCUGGGCAUUUGGAAGGCAAAUUCUUGCAAAGUAUUGUUAGCAUGUCAAAAGCGAAAAAAGUUCUCGAAGUUGGUACGUUUACCGGAUAUGCAGCUUUGGCAUGCGCAGAAGUACUUCCAGAGGACGGCACCGUAACAACAUUAGAAUAUGAUCCAUUUUUAGAAGAUAUGAUAAAAGAAUUUUUCUCGAAAUCACCACAUGGAAAUAAAAUCACUGUCAGAAUUGGUGAUGCGAAGGACACUUUGCUAGAGCUUGCAGAAGAAAAGGCUUAAUACGAUAUUGUCUUUAUAGACGCUAAUAAAGAUGGAUACAUCGACUAUUUCAAGACCGUGAUGAGCAAAGACCUUCUUGUCAAAGGAGGAACGAUAGUGUUCGACAAUGCAUUUAUGGGUGGUCAUGCAUAUAAUCCCGAAUCAACAAAUGAACAUGGACUUGCAAUAAGACAGUGCAAUGAAUAUUUGAAAUCCAGGGACGAUAUAUUCCGAGUACUUGUGCCAAUAAGAGAUGGUGUCGUUAUUGUAAGACGAAAAACAGAUGUGUUUUUGUAAAGAUCGUUCAAAUAAAAAACAAAUGCACACACCGCUUUCAUAUAUCUGAACCAAUAAAUAUCUACUAUGGCACUAUCAAUUGUUUUAGCAGCAGCUUAUGGUUUAUCCUUGUCAAAAAAUGAUUGUUCAGCUUAAAAAUGAUGUAAAGCUGUAUACAUCACUGUCUAUCAAAAAUUCUCGGUUGAAUGUACAUGUAUGCAUUUUAUAGCCAAUGAUGAUGGAUAUGAAAACUGUACUUAUUCGGAACACUGUACAAUGUACAUAUACAUCUAAGUUAACUAUAUAUAUACACACUAGUUUGUACACGACAUAAAUAAAGAUAUUGUGGUGGAGAUCUUU